AGAGGAAUGAGUUGUGCCUAUGAUGCAGUAGUUUCGCUGUAGGUUGCUGGUGUUGAAAACAAGGUUUUGUUCGAAGUUGUUGAGUUUACUAGCAAAAAGCAAGAAAAGAACCAUGAACUGUGUUCCUAGACUUCGAUUCAAAGUGGUAUUCCGGUAGUGCUGUAUAUAUGUUCCAUCUACAAAAAUCUUCAGGUAAGGACGGUGGCAAGGUGACGACGGUCAUUGCCACUCCUGGUCAAGGGUCUGAUCGUCCCCUGGAGGUGUGUUACACUGACACAAAGGUGAUUGGCAAUGGCUCCUUUGGUGUGGUUUACCAGGCACGUCUCAUGGAGUCUGGGGAGCUGGUGGCCAUCAAAAAGGUGUUACAGGACAAGCGGUUCAAGAACCGUGAGCUGCAGAUCAUGCGUAAACUUAAUCAUUGCAAUAUAGUCAAGCUCAAGUACUUUUUCUACUCAGGGGGUGAAAAGAAAGAAGAAGUAUAUCUGAACCUAGUCUUGGAGUUCAUUCCAGAGACAGUGUACCGUGUUGCAAGGCAUUACAGUAAAUCCAAGCAAACAAUACCCAUAUCUUACGUCAAGCUUUAUAUGUAUCAGUUGUUUCGAAGUCUAGCGUAUACUCAUUCUCUUGGUAUUUGUCAUCGAGACAUCAAGCCUCAAAACUUGUUGUUGGAUACUGAAACAGGAAUUUUGAAGCUCUGCGACUUUGGCAGUGCAAAGCACCUGGUGAAAGGUGAGCCCAAUGUGUCCUACAUUUGUUCUCGCUAUUAUCGAGCUCCUGAGUUGAUAUUUGGAGCCACAGAUUACACAACCAUGAUUGAUGUGUGGUCUGGUGGCUGUGUUCUCGCUGAGCUCAUGCUGGGCCAGCCUAUCUUCCCAGGAGACAGUGGAGUGGACCAACUGGUUGAAAUCAUCAAGGUCUUGGGAACGCCCACCAAGGAGCAAAUCAGAGAAAUGAACAAAAAUUACACUGAGUUUAGGUUUCCUCAAAUCAAGGCUCAUCCUUGGCAGAAGGUGUUUCGAGCGAGGACCCCUCCCGAGGCCAUUGAGCUUGUGUCCCGGUUGCUUGAAUAUACUCCUUCUGCCCGGAUCACUCCCUUGCAAGCGUGUGCCCAUAAGUUUUUCGAUGAGCUGCGUGACCCCAACACUCGGCUGCCAAACAAUAGAGAGCUACCCCCACUCUUCAACUUCACUGAGCAUGAGCUGAAAAUUCAACCUUCCCUCAACUCCAUCCUGAUUCCCCCUCACAUCCGGGGAGUGGAAGAGGGAGGCUCGGGGGAGGAGCCUCAGCCUUGUGCCUCCUCCGCCACAGCGUGACAAGGGCAAUGCGGAGCCACUUUUCAGUCGUCCGCCGCAUGCCAUCCCCUGUAUAUAUGAGCAUUGCGGCCCCAAACUGUCGGACCAUCCCUCCUACUUGGAGGGGCAUAUGGAUUCGCCCAGUUGGCUGCAGUACAGUCCAACCUUCCGUCUCCCUCGCAAAGAGACGGCUGUACAGACAAGAGUAGUUGCCAGAAGACUUUAUUAAUUAAAUAUAUCUAAAUGAAAACUGCAAAUCUUCAACUGUUAUUGUAUCUUCACUUGCACCUCGUUUCCACGAGACAGACAUUCAUCGAAAAAAGUUUUCUUUUUAUGGUAGAAUUACUUUUAAAAAGCAAAGUUCGUCUUUCCCAGACUCUUCCACUUUCUUUGUUUAAUAAGACAUUUUUUGCGUGGAUGAAUGAGAUGUUAGAUUACAAAAGUGCACAGAAUGACUUGACUUUCUCAGUUGAUGAAGCAACCUUUCCCCCUUUUUGAUGAUGGACUCGGUGCAUCGAUUUGCCGUUUUGAUUUUUUGUUUGUUUUAGAUUAUAUGCUGUUUUUGAUCUUCAAAAUAAAACUUUAGUUAAAUUAA